AGUGUAAUAGUGAGUGUUGGUGUAGUGGUAGCGUAAACAAUGUGUUCACUAUGAAUAUCACCAACGGUUCCAAAAAUUCCAACUUAGUCUCAAUAGAGCUCAAAACAGUAUAGAUAAAUAACUUUAUACAAUGGUGCUAGCAGUUCGAGGACGAUCUCAAUUUAAAAUUAAUACUUCAUAGAUAUAUAUAACACGAACUUUUACCGCAUCAUUUUUACAUACAUGAAAAUACAAUUUUAUUUCUCAAAUUUGAAAGUUGAUUAUAUGAGAUUUUAUCGUAGGUUUAGUUAACCGAAAGCUGGCUAUCCAGCAAUUAAACCCUACACUGCGAAAGUUACUACAUCCAGCAUCUAGUCCAGAGCUUGCACCGUCAGAUUACUAUUUAUUCAGAUCAAUGGAAAAAUUCUUACGUGGGAAAAAAUUUAUUCCUAAGGAGAUGAUUCCGAAUCAUACUUUCCGAAAAACCCUUUAAGUUCAAGUUAUCUUUUUAUUUUCCGUUUAGAGGCCUAGAUGGGUCUUAUUAAAAUAAGCUUGAAAUUAAGAUCUUGUAUUCAUUCAUAUAUAUAAUGAAUAUUUGCCACGAUGUCUGUGGAUUUUGGCCAAUACAAUUUAUACCUACGUUAGAAUCUCUGAAAGAAAGAAGAAAAAAUAAUUAGGUUAAUUUGAAAUUUAGCACGACAAAAACAUAUUUGAAGUGAUAAAUAUUAUAAAAUUUCCAAUGGAACAUGAUGUUUUAAGUGCUGCAAAAUUGAAGAAAAUAGAAAAGAAGUUGAAAAAACUCCUGCGAAUUGUAUUCCAGGAAGUUGGUAUUCAGUGUUCAAUAAAUAAAGUUAAUAAGAUAAUAGCUAUUGCAAAUGCAGGUUUGAUAAAUGGAUUAACAGAAGAAACAGUGUUUGAAUAUUUUUCAAAAUAUGGUGCUUUGCAACAUAUUUUACUGAUUCCAGGAAAAUCCUGCUGUUUUGUCCAGUACAAAGAAGAAGCAUCUGCUGUUAAAGCUUAUAAUAAUUAUAAUGGCAUCCUUAACAUUGCCCAGGAUUCAAAACCAAUUUAUUUAUUGUAUGCUGAUAAACUACCAGAUUUGUGUUUGAAAAAUAUGUGGCAUGGGAUAGUACCAGGGUUAAUAAUUUUAAAUAAUUUUGUGACUUCUGAUGAGGAAAAAGUUCUAUUACAAUUAUGUAGUUUUGAUUCAAAUACAACUUGUCAAAUGCGACAUAGACAAGUUAAACAUUUUGGAUAUGAAUUUAGAUAUGAUACAAAUAAUGUAGAUAAAGAUAAACCAUUGCCAGAGAGUAUUCCAGGAGAAUGUAAUUUGUGGGAACGGUUGAAAAACACGGAGUAUUAUAACUUUGUACCAGAUCAACUUACAAUCAAUCACUAUAUUCCAGGGCAAGGAAUUCCACAUCAUGUAGAUACACAUAGUGCCUUUGACGACCCUAUUAUGUCUCUUUCGUUAGGAUCAUCUGUAGUAAUGGAAUUUAAAAAAGAUGAUCAACAUAUUUGCAUUCUAUUACCCCAACGAUCAUUAGCCAUUAUGUCAGGUGAAUCUAGAUAUGACUGGACACAUGGUAUAACACCAAGAAAAUUUGAUAUAGUUCCUACAGAAAACGGUUUUACUUCUCUAGAAAGAGGGGUUAGAACUUCAUUUACUUUUAGAAAAGUUUUACAAGGUUCUUGCACAUGUAAUUACAAAUCUAAAUGUGAUUCUUACAUGGAAAAUUCAAGGGAGAUAAAAAAUAAUGAUGCCUCUGAAUUGGAAAAAGAACAUGUGCAUAAAGUUUAUGAAAAUAUAGCAGAACAUUUUGAUGACACCAGGCAUAAACCUUGGCCUAAUGUUGUACACUUUUUAGAAUCAUUUGAAAAGGGGUCUCUUUUAAUAGAUGUUGGUUGUGGAAAUGGUAAAUACCUUGGGAGUAAUGAAGAUAUUUUCAAUAUAGGUUGUGAUACAAGCUUUAAUUUAAUUGAUAUAUGUAGAAAAAGAGGAUUUCAGUCUUUUAUUGCCAGUUGCUUAAAUUUACCUCUCAGAGAUAGUUCCGUAGAUGGAGCUAUAAGUAUUGCUGUAAUUCACCAUUUGGCAAAUGAGGAAAGGCGUAUUAAAGCUAUAAAAGAAAUAGUACGAAUAUUAAAACCAGGCGGCAAAGCUUUAAUUUACGUUUGGGCAAAAGAUCAAUGCAAAAAUCAAGGAAGAACAACUUAUAUAAAGCAAGAUAGAAAAAACCGUAAAGAAAAUUCUAAUAUUGUAACUGAAUAUAAUAAUGAAAUGAUACAGAUAUCUGAAAAAGUUUCCUUACCAAUUCAUAUAAAUAGAACUCAGUUUAAACAUGAUGAUAUGUUAGUACCAUGGAAACUAAAGAGGAAUAAAGAAAAUGAUCGUACUUUUCUUAGAUUUUAUCAUGUUUUUGUUGAAAAUGAAUUAGAUAACCUUUGUAAAAAAAUCAAAAAUGUCGUAAUCACAAAAAGUUAUUAUGAUCAGGGUAAUUGGUGUGUCAUUAUCAAUAAAAUAUGACGCUUUUAUAAAAAUGAUAUGAAAUUAAAAGUUCACUGAUCACAUACUGUUUGAUUGUACUGUGAUCUAAACUCUAAUUUAUUUGGUAAACCUUAUCGCCAUGUGUACUAAUGAAGAAAGGCCAUUCAUAACCUUUAAAUUUUUUGGAAAAAAAUAAAAACGUCUCAAUAAA